CAAGAGUUAGAGAAUUUUGUUUAUUUGUUCUGUUUAGAAGAGAAUAUGAUGACUCAUUUGGCUUUUGUAUUUGGCCUCCUAGGCAACAUUGUCUCCUUCAUGGUCUACCUUGCUCCAGUGCCAACGUUUUAUAAGAUUUACAAGAAGAAAUCAACAGAAGGGUUCCAAUCAGUUCCUUACGUGGUUGGAUUAUUCAGUGCCAUGCUUUGGAUUUACUAUGCAUUUCUUAAACCUGAUACAACUCUUCUCAUUACCAUUAACUCUGUUGGCUGUUUCAUUCAAACUUUCUACAUUUGCUUCUUCCUCUUUUAUGCCACCAAAAAAGCCAAGAUGGACACCGUGAAGCUGCUUCUUUCAAUGAACGUCGUUGGUUUGGGCUUAAUCAUUCUGCUAACUCAGUUUUUCUCAAAAGGCUCCAACCGUGCUCAAAUUGUCGGAUGGAUUUGCCUUAUAUUUUCUUUCUGCGUCUUCGUUGCACCUUUAGGUGUUCUCCGACAAGUUAUAAGGUCCAAAAGUGUGGAGUAUAUGCCAUUUCAACUAUCAUUUUUUCUGACAUUAAGUGCCGUUAUGUGGUUUUUCUAUGGUCUACUACGCAAAGAUUACAAUAUUGCUAUACCAAACGUGCUGGGAUUUAGCCUUGGAGUGAUUCAAAUGACUCUUUAUUUGAUUUACAAGAACGCAAAAAAGGUGACCAAAGAAGUGAGAUUAGAAAAUACAGAAACUGUUGUUGAUGAAGAGCUUAAGCUUUCUGAAGAAAUGCUGAAAGAGCAAAUUAUUGAUGUUGUGAAGUUGAGUGCAAUGGUGUGUUCAGAAAUAAUUCCAAUGGUUACUGCUCAUGAGCUGAAGAAUGAAAUUAACCUGCCUCAACUUAAUGUGAUUAUUAAUGAGGACAUGAUAAUUAAGCCAAAGGCAAUCAUAGAGGUCUCCUAAUUAUCAUGAAGUCUAGA